CGGUGUCCUGCCGUCGUCGCCGCCGCCGAACCGUACUCGCCGUUGACCACCACCGCCGCCGCCGCCGCCACCGCCGCCACCACCACCGCCGCGUCGUCAUCAGUCGCGGCUCGCCGUGGUCCGCGGUCGCCGGCCGUCGCGCGCUCGUAGAACGCGACCGACACGCACGCGAUCCGGCCACGCGGUCCCGUCCGGCCGCACGGUACCCGCAUCCGUUCCCCGGCGUACACCGACGGACCACGUGACACGACCGUGUGCGAGCACACCGCACGCACGGGAAAGCUGAUCGAGCGGCAGGUGAGCGAAAAACCGUGUUCAGAUCGUUUCAGAUCGGUCGUGCGAGCGCUGUACGCGAUCAUUUUGUUUUUGCUCGUUUUUUCUUUCCUCUUUCCCGCGGUAAACUUUUUUCGGUAGUCAUCCGUUGGAUUUCGGCAAGCUGACGAAACAGAAAAUAAGGAUCGUCGCGCGUACAAGCCGACGAGGACGGGUCUGAGUUCACGGUAAAAAAUAGUCUCCGUAGAAACUUUGAACGUCGAAUCAAUUAAAUUCGGAGGAAUGUAAAAAUAUUCAACUCUGGCGUAUUUUAAAGAAAACGAAUAGUUUUUUCUCGCUAUACGAUGGCCAUCCUCCAAUCUUGCUGUUGUUUUCAGUCGCUCAGAACGGGAUGUUAUGCCAGCGUCAUUUAUGCAAUGGCAUAUUUUAGUUUGAACACGAGCAUACUGGGAACGUUUUUACACAUCGAAAGACCGUACUGGACUGGCAAUGGAACGGCACCGCAGAGUAAAAGUUUUCUAGAACCGGAAAAAAUAUCAGAAACGACCGUCGUCUUUCACAUGGUGGUGCUGGUGUGCGCAGGAUGCGGUAUGCUGACCAGCAUCGUUUUGCUGAUAGGCAUUUAUUUUGAUCUCAGAGUUUUAUUCAUACCGUGGAUAUUUGCCAUGUUCCUGGCAACUGCAGUUGACGUCGCACAUUCGAUAUAUUUAUAUGGACUCGACACGGUCGAAUUCAAUCCACCGACGGCCAUAUUGUACACUAUCGAUUUUUUUCUACUUAUUUUAAACAUGUACGCAGUACUCUGUGUGAUAUCUCAAUAUCAAGAAUUAAUGGCUGGAAGAGGUACAGCGCGAUUUGAACAAACUUUAAAGAUAUCGCCGGUGAGGUACACGAGCCAGCCGACCGGGACCAGCUGCCUGAGCUCCAGGCGGCCCGCCACGCUGCCGGCGUCGCCCACGCAGAGCCCCACGAAGACGACGGUGACCGCCGUGGCCACGUCGGCGGCCACCGGGUCCACGUGCACCUCGGGCGGUUCGCGCAGGGGUUCCAGGAAGCACGUGCAGUUCCCGGACUUCGACGUGCCCGGCCUCAAGUCCGCGGACCUGUUGCACGCCAACUGGAAACAAGGCUGUUCCCCGCCGCCGGAGCAGCAAUGCAUCGCGCCCGAGUCGUCGUCAACUUCGUCAGGUCAACUGAUCAUCGACAACCGGCGGACGUGUCAUUCAAACACCGAGUCGAUGGUCUCCACACAAAACUAUCCGAAAACUUUUACGACCGAUCUCUAAACAUGUUUUAGAAACAUUUCUUCUUUUAUUUUUAUUUUUCUGUUUUUUUUUUUUUUUCUAUGCCAUCGCACAUCUAAUACUUUAAUAUUAUAAUGUAUUUAAGUAUAAUAGUCUAUACGCGUUGUAUACGUACAAUACCACACUGUUCAACGUUUUAUCACGGCACGACGCAUUUUCGUCGUGACGGAAAAGUAAAAAUUGAAACGAAUACUGUCGUAUUGUAUUGUUAUUAAUUAUAAUUUAUCUGCAUAUAAUAUAU